AUGGCAGGUCGGACCCUAGCUCUGCGAUAUGGGCCCCCUUGGUCCCCCGUUUCUGAAACUGAGGUGCUUGGAGCCUGGCCCAACUGGCAUCUCACCAGCAGCGGGGUCGCCCACCACAGGAUCCCACAGGCGUCCUUUCCUCCGCCUGCUCUACAGUGUACGGUCAAGGAGCCCCUGCCUGCGGCCUUGAAACAGGACCCACACAUCUGGGCUUUCGACGAAGUCAUCAGCAGAUGGGAAACCACCUCAGGCUCAGCACACACACCGAAGUGGGGCAGUGGCCCCUGUGCUCAGCCCAAGGCACCAGAACAUGAGGACCCCAGGCGGACACUAGGCAUCAAGUCUUUGGCAGAAAAGCUAAGGAGACAUGAAGGCCUGGGUGUCCCUCUGACCACAAAAUACCAGAUCAGUGAGACGAAAGCACAGUACAAGGACUGGCCAGAUCUGGAUCAGAGUGACCCCCUCUUGGCAGAGCCCCUAUCCCUGGAGCUCGCUGACCACCAUCGAGGGGGACCUUCUCAGGCCCUAAUCCCCUGGACGAGGAACCCCAAGUUGGCUGGCCAACCCUUCACAGUGAACAAGAUGGGUGUCCUCGAUCGUCUCCAACCUUACAUGACCACUUCUGCACGGGAUUUCUCAAGGAAGUUGUCUGGAUAUCCCUACCAGAAAUCGGAGAUUUGCCAGAGCUGGCCCAAGAAGGCAUCUCGCCGUGAGCUGAAAAGUUUACCCAGCGUACGCGCAGCCCGCGCAGGCCCAUCACAACCGAUCGUGCCAAACUUGGGAGCCCUGCCUCUGACCCGGGAGUCCUACAGACCCCCGAUACACCCGUUCUGUGGGAUGGACCGCAUUUGGCUAGUAGACGCACCCUGGGGAGGCCUCCACCGGAAUCCAGUGCCAGGCAUCUACAGUGUACCGAAGGCCUACCGCACUGAGAAUUCCCGCUAUGGGAGUGCCAGGAGGGAGCUGGUGUGA